CCCAGAAUGCACCGGCAGUCCGCGGGAAACCAAAAUGGCGAAGGGUUGCAGUGAAGUGGGCUCUGUCUGAGGCCGGUUAAGAAAGCUCACUCUACCCCCAGCCCUCGUCCCCACGACCUCGGUUUGUUCGUGUGUCUGUGCGGGGUGCCCGGUGGGGCGGGUGCCCAGUAAGUGCUCGGACUCGCAGGGGAAGCGCCCACGGGGUCGUGAUUGGUUGUUUUUUCCUGUAUGAAGCGGUUGGCACCACUGAAGUGACCGAAUGAGGAUUUGUUUCUUGCAGCAAAAUACAGGAUAACACCUAAAUUGGAAUAUGGAAGUUUCCCUGUGGAUGUUUUUUAUGUAUUUGAGUAGUGUUGUCAUAUAGAACUUUCUUCAGUGAUGGCAGUUAUCUAUAUCUGCUCUAUCCAGUAUGGUAGCCAUAGGUACAUGUGGAUGUUGAACGCAAGAAAUGUAGCUGGUGAGACUGAGAAUUAAAUUUAUAAUUUAAAAUGGCCACAUGUAGCUGAUGUAUUGGAUAGCACAGUAUUAUUGCAUCCAUUUAUUAGAAACUGUGUCACCCAUCAACCAUGGAAACCACAGGAACGCAAGGAGACUCUACAGGGGCAGGUAAUUCACUGGUCCACAAGCGGUCUCCUUUACGUCGAAACCAAAAGACCCCAACAUCCUUGACCAAGCUGUCUUUACAGGAUGGACAUAAAGUCAAAAAGCCAGCAUGUAAAUUUGAAGAGGGUCAGGAUGUCCUAGCUAGAUGGUCAGAUGGCUUGUUUUAUCUUGGAACUAUCAAAAAGAUAAACAUAUUGAAACAGAGCUGCUUCAUCAUAUUUGAAGACAGUUCUAAAUCCUGGGUUCUCUGGAAGGACAUUCAAACAGGAGCCACUGGAAGUGGGGAAAUGGUCUGUACAAUAUGUCAAGAAGAGUAUUCAGAAGCUCCCAAUGAAAUGGUUAUAUGUGAUAAGUGUGGCCAAGGAUACCAUCAGUUGUGUCACACACCUCAUAUUGAUUCCAGUGUGAUUGAUUCAGAUGAAAAAUGGCUCUGUCGACAGUGUGUUUUUGCAACAACAACAAAGAGGGGUGGUGCGCUUAAGAAAGGACCAAAUGCCAAAGCAUUGCAAGUCAUGAAGCAGACGUUGCCCUACAGUGUGGCAGACCUCGAAUGGGACGCGGGUCAUAAAACCAACGUCCAGCAGUGUUACUGCUAUUGUGGAGGCCCUGGAGACUGGUAUUUAAAGAUGCUCCAAUGCUGCAAAUGUAAGCAGUGGUUUCAUGAAGCUUGUGUGCAAUGCCUUCAAAAGCCAAUGCUGUUUGGAGACAGGUUUUAUACAUUUAUUUGCUCUGUCUGCAGUUCUGGACCAGAAUACCUCAAACGUCUACCAUUACAGUGGGUAGAUAUAGCACACCUAUGCCUUUACAACCUAAGUGUUAUUCACAAGAAGAAAUACUUUGAUUCUGAACUUGAGCUUAUGACAUAUAUUAAUGAAAACUGGGAUAGAUUGCACCCUGGAGAGCUGGCAGACACACCAAAAUCUGAAAGAUACGAGCAUGUUCUGGAGGCAUUAAAUGAUUACAAGACCAUGUUUAUGUCUGGGAAAGAAAUAAAGAAGAAGAAACAUUUGUUUGGGUUGCGAAUCCGUGUUCCUCCUGUGCCACCAAAUGUGGCUUUCAAGGCAGAGAAAGAACCUGAAGGAACAUCCCAUGAAUUUAAAAUUAAAGGCAGAAAGGCAUCCAAACCUAUAUCUGAUUCAAGGGAAGUAAGCAAUGGCAUAGAAAAAAAAGGAAAGAAAAAAUCUGUAGGUCGUCCACCUGGCCCAUAUACAAGAAAAAUGAUUCAGAAAACUGCUGAGCCACCUUUGGAUAAGGAAUCAAUUUCAGAGAAUCCUACCUUGGAUUUACCUUGUCCUACAGGGAGAACUGAGGGGGCUGCACAUUCAUCCAAUACCUCAGAUGUGGAUUUCACGGGUGCUUCCGGUGCAAAAGAAACUACCUCAUCUAGCAUCUCCAGGCAUUAUGGAUUGUCUGACUCCAGAAAAAGAACUCGUACAGGAAGAUCGUGGCCUGCUGCAAUACCGCAUUUACGGAGGAGAAGGGGUCGUCUUCCAAGAAGAGCACUCCAGACUCAGAACUCAGAAAUUGUAAAAGAUGACGAAGGCAAAGAUGAUUACCAAUUUGACGAACUCAACACAGAGAUUUUGAAUAACUUAGCAGAUCAGGAGUUACAACUCAAUCAUCUAAAAAACUCCAUUACCAGUUAUUUUGGUGCUGCAGGUAGAAUAGCAUGUGGUGAAAAGUACCGCGUAUUGGCUCGUCGGGUGACACUUGAUGGAAAGGUGCAGUAUCUUGUGGAAUGGGAAGGAGCAACUGCAUCCUGACUGUAGGACUGAACAUUAUGUUCACUGCACUCUCAUUUUCUGUAGGUACAGUUCAAAGUCCUAAAGGAGUCUGGCUUUUACUAUCUUUCUUAAAAAAAAAAAAAAGUCAAAAAAUUCACAUAAGGAGAUGAUACUAGCCUUAACAUGUACCUGUCAAUGUUAUGGAUAUUGUCAUAAAAAGAUAUCUUUUAAAAAUCAGAACAGAGACUUAAUUUUUUAAAUCUUAAGAUUUGUAGAAUGUUUCUAGGAUAGGAUAUUAAAAAUGAUUCAAACCCA